AUGAUCACAGAGAUUAUGUUCCAAGAGUUGGCUUUUGAGAUUUCUCUUUCCAUCCUCCACACUGUGCAUUCUGGAGACAAGCUACAUGAAUGUUCUCAGUGUGGAAAAGCCUUUAUCAACAAGUACACUCUUAAGAAACAUCAGAGGAUCCAUACUGGAGAAAAGCCACAUCAGUGUUUGCUGUGUGGGAAGGCUUUUAAACGGAAGGGUAAUCUCACGCUACAUCAGAGGAUCCAUACUGGAGAAAAGCCACAUCAAUGUUCCCAUUGUGGAAAGGCCUUUACACGGAAGGGUCAUCUCAAGACACAUCAGAGGAUCCAUUCUGGAGAAAAGCCACAUCAGUGUUCUCAGUGUGGAAAGGCCUUUGCAUUGAAGGGUGAUCUCACGGUUCAUCAGAGGAUCCAUACUGGAGAAAAGCCACAUCAAUGUACUCAGUGUGGAAUGACCUUUACACGGAAGGGUCAUCUCAAGCGACAUCAGAGGAUCCAUUCUGGAGAAAAGCCACAUCAGUGUUUGCUGUGUGGGAAGGCUUUUACACGGAAGGGUGAACUCAAGCUACAUCAGAGGAUCCAUACUGGAGAAAAGCCACAUCAAUGUACUCAGUGUGGAAAGGCCUUUGCAUGGAAGGGUCAUCUCACGCUACAUCAGAGGAUCCAUACUGGAGAAAAGCCACAUCAAUGUUCCCAUUGUGGAAAGGCCUUUACACGGAAGGGUCAUCUCAAGACACAUCAGAGGAUCCAUUCUGGAGAAAAGCCACAUCAGUGUUCGCAGUGUGGAAAGGCCUUUACACAAAAGGGUUAUCUCAACAUACAUCAGAGGAUCCAUACUGGAGAAAAGCCACAUCAGUGUUCUCAGUGUGGAAAGGCCUUUGCAUUGAAGGGUCAUCUCACGCUACAUCAGAGGAUCCAUACUGGAGAAAAGCCACAUCAAUGUUCCCAUUGUGGAAAGGCCUUUACACGGAAGGGUUAUCUCAAGACACAUCAGAGGAUCCAUUCUGGAGAAAAAACACAUCAGUGUUCGCAGUGUGGAAAGGCCUUCAUGUGGAAGAGUGCACUCAAGAAACAUCAGAUUAUCCACUCUUGAGAAAAGCCACAUCAGUGUUCUCAGUGUGGAAUGACCUUUAGUUGCAACGCCAGCCUCAAGGUACACCAGAGGAUUCAUACUUGA